AUGGAAUCAACUCCAGGAGGAGUAUUCCCUGUUCAAGGACAACCAGGAUACUACAUCAACGCUAAUAGGAAGCCCUGCAACAUCAAAGGAGGACCACUUGACUGCCCUUAUGGAAACCCAGAAUGUCUGUACCAGACAGCAGACGGUGAGGUGAAGUAUGUCCAUGAUGCUGAGGAGCUGAUCAGGCCAGAGAGAAACACUCUGCUGGUCUCCUUCACUGAUCUGGAAGGAUUUAACCAGGAACUGGCAACCACCAUCCAGGAGGAGUUUUACAGAGUGUAUCCCUUCCUUUGCCGUGCGGUGAGGAACUUUGCUAGGGAUCAUGGGAAUGUCCCUGUGAAUAAGGAGUUCUACUUGGCCAUUCAGGACCUGCCCACCAGACACAAGAUCCGUGAGCUGUCCUCCCUGCGUAUCGGCUCUCUGGUGCGGAUCAGUGCACAGGUAGUGAGGACGCACCCUGUACACCCAGAACUGGUGAGCGGGACGUUCCUGUGUCUGGACUGCCAGGGGGUGUGUCCAGACGUGCCCCAGCAGUUCAAGUACGCACCGCCCACCGUCUGCAGGAACCCCGUCUGCAGCAACCGCGCUCGCUUCCAUCUAGACACACAUCGCUCCAAGUUCAUCGACUUCCAGAAGGUGCGUAUCCAGGAGACCCAGGCAGAGCUGCCCAGAGGGUCCAUCCCCCGCUCCCUAGAGGUGAUUCUGAGGGCCCAGGCCGGAGACCGCUGUGACAUCACUGGCUCACUCAUAGUGGUGCCCAACGUCUCCCAACUCAGCACCGCAGGUGUGCGAGCAGAGACCAGUUCCCGUGUAGGAGGGAGACAAGGUUAUGAGAACGAGGGCCUUCGCGGUCUUAAAGCCCUGGGAGUCAGAGAGCUGUCCUACAGACUGGCCUUCCUCGCCUGCCAUGUGGCUCCUACCAACCCCAGGUUUGGAGGAAAGGAGCUGCGUGAUGAGGAUCAGACAGCGGAGAGCAUCAAGAGUCAGAUGUCAGUUCAGGAGUGGGAAAAGGUGUUUGAGAUGAGCCAAGACAAGAACCUCUACCACAACCUCGGCACCAGCCUGUUUCCAACUAUACACGGUGUGCGAGCAGAGACCAGUUCCCGUGUAGGAGGGAGACAAGGUUAUGAGAACGAGGGCCUUCGCGGUCUUAAAGCCCUGGGAGUCAGAGAGCUGUCCUACAGACUGGCCUUCCUUGCCUGCCAUGUGGCUCCUACCAACCCCAGGUAUGUGUAA